AUGGCCACCUCUAAUGGAAAAGGUGAAAAAGUGUCCAAAUUUGAGACAUUGAAGCUUUUGGAGAAAUGCAGAAAGGAAAGAGAUGAUGCCAUGCACAGAGAAAACAUCCUCAGGGAGAAGCUCAGACAGUACGAGUCGAGGAUGCGUUCAACUGAAGCUCUGAAACAAAAACUCAAGACCUUGACCAUGGACAACAAGGAGCUGAGGAAACAAGUGAAGACUCUCCGCACUGAGCUUGGACUCGAGUGCAGCCCCAAAUUCAAUGGAAAAACCACAAAGGACAUAAUCAAUGACUUGCACGACAAGGACCGUGAGUGCAGCUCUCUGGUGGAGAAAGCUGGGAAACUGAGUCUGACCAUUGAUGAUUUGACUUCAGAGUUGGCAAACACAGUCACCUCUAAGACACUUUUAGAGGAUCAAGUGCAAUCGUUGCAGCAAAACCUCAAGGAUAUGACGAAUAAUCAGCGCCGCCUGCUGAAGCUGUGGGAAGACAAAAAGGUCCAGAGGGAGCAGCUCGCCCUCCCUGCAAUUGCUCAGAAAUCUGCACAGAAACCAGUGGUCCAUAAAGCAGUUCAAACUGAGAUGUCAGUCAGUUCAUCCCAAAAGCUCCCAGUCAAUGCUUUUGAGAGCAAGCCCUUCUCUCGGGAAAAUGAGAAAAAGACAGUUUUGGAUAAACACAGUUUUCCAGCUUAUGGAAAUGGCUUCCAUCAUGAAAAGAAAGCUUUUGUGCAUGAUGAAACUAAAGGAAUUAAGAACUGA